CUCUCACACUGCCCAAUGCAGUCUUGAAUCUUAGAGGAUAUGAGUCUGGAAGAAUAAAUGUGCUCCUGGAAACUAGAAUCACAAAACCAAAGUGUCCAGGACAUGAGAGAAAUCAAGGCAACAAACUGCAUGUAAGUGCGCUAAAGAGAGCACCCUUUCUUCUCCUCCGAUCCGUUGGUCCAGGCCCAAGAAGUGGAGGCUGUUGAGGUUCUGCCACUGACCUCGGAAACCUGACUCUCUAGCAAGUGACCUGGACAGCUGCAGGGACCUCUCAAGAGUCACUGAAUGCUCUUGAUCUUGACUUUCCUACUCCUGACUUUUGCGUGGUUUGUGUCGAGCGCCAUGGCCGACUUGAAGCCUCCUACUGCAAGUGAGCCCGAAGUCCCACCCCGAGAGCCUUCUCCGGACCCCGUGGACAAAGGGGACCCGGAAACGGCUCAAGCUCAGCAAAACUCGGAGGUGAAUGAGCCCCCUUCGAGGCCCAACCAAGCCAUGCCAGACCCCAGCCGGGCCUCCCAAAACCCCGGGCAUCUGGCGACUCGUCCGCCGCACUGGAGACCCUCCAACGACCCUCCGGUCCUGGAUGCGACGUCAGCGACGGCCGACCACCGAGCCAACGGUUUGGAAGGGUCUCCCACUCCGGACCUCUUGUCGCCCUCCGGCUCCCAGGCCAAGAGGGUCAGGCCCCUGUCCAAGGAAGACCAGAAGCAGGCCCGGAUCAGAAAGCAGCUGAUGACCAAGUUCAUCCUGGGCUCUUUUGACGACAACUCUUCCGACGACGAGGCCGUGGCCGGGGCGUUCAAGGCCUCUUCCAGGAGGAGCAGUCGCUCGAGCUUUGGCUCCUCAUCUUUUGAGACUUCCUCUCUACUGGGCCUGACGAGGUCUGAAUCCACCCCGAUUAUGAGGCCUAGCAUGUCAGGACUGCAUUUGGUAAAGAGGGGACGAGAGCAGAAGAAGCUGGAACAGCAAAGAGACUUCACCGUCGCCUCUCCAGCUGAGUUUGUGACUCGUUUUGGGGGGAAUCGGGUCAUUGAGAAGGUCCUCAUCGCCAACAAUGGCAUCGCCGCAGUCAAGUGCAUGCGCUCCAUCCGCCGAUGGGCCUAUGAGAUGUUCCGCAACGAGCGGGCCAUCCGCUUCGUCGUCAUGGUAACCCCAGAGGACCUAAAAGCCAACGCAGAAUACAUCAAAAUGGCCGAUCAUUACGUGCCCGUCCCUGGCGGGCCAAACAACAACAAUUAUGCCAACGUGGAGCUGAUCGUCGAUAUCUCUAAGAGGAUCCCAGUACAGGCGGUGUGGGCCGGCUGGGGACACGCCUCGGAGAACCCCAAACUUCCUGAGCUGCUCCACAAAAAUGGAAUUGCCUUUUUAGGUCCUCCGAGUGAAGCCAUGUGGGCCCUGGGGGAUAAAGUGGCUUCCACCAUAGUGGCCCAGACCCUUCAGAUUCCAACCUUGCCGUGGAGUGGAAGUGGUUUGUCGGUGGACUGGACGGCCAGUGACCUUCAGCAGAUGAAGAGGAUCAGCGUACCCCAAGAGGUGUAUGUCCGGGGCUGUGUGAGAGACGUUGAUGAGGGCUUGGAGGCAGCGGAAAAAAUUGGGUUCCCCGUGAUGAUCAAAGCUUCCGAAGGAGGCGGGGGCAAAGGCAUCAGGAAGGCCGAGAGUGCUGAGGAUUUUCCCAUUCUCUUCCGACAAGUGCAGAGCGAGAUCCCGGGCUCGCCCGUGUUCGUCAUGAAGUUGGCUCAGCACGCCCGCCACUUGGAGGUUCAGAUUCUGGCAGACCAGUAUGGCAGCGCCGUGUCCCUCUUCGGCCGAGACUGCUCCAUCCAGCGGCGACAUCAGAAGAUCAUUGAGGAGGCCCCGGCCACCGUCGCCCCACCGGCUGUAUUCGAGUAUAUGGAGCAGUGUGCCGUGCGCCUGGCCAAAACCGUGGGCUACGUGAGCGCGGGAACAGUAGAGUACCUAUACAGCGACGACGGCAGCUUCCACUUCCUGGAGCUCAACCCCCGCCUGCAAGUGGAACACCCCUGCACUGAAAUGAUCGCGGACGUUAACUUACCAGCCGCCCAACUCCAGAUUGCGAUGGGGGUGCCUCUCAACAGGCUGAAGGACAUCCGCAUAUUGUAUGGAGAGUUACCCUGGGGGAUCUUACCCAUCUCCUUUGAAAAUCCCACAAAUCCUCCAGUGCCUCGAGGCCAUGUUAUCGCUGCUAGAAUCACCAGUGAAAAUCCCGAUGAGGGAUUUAAGCCGAGCUCCGGGACCGUCCAGGAGUUGAAUUUUCGCAGCAGUAAGAACGUGUGGGGUUACUUCAGCGUGGCAGCUGCCGGCGGCUUGCACGAGUUUGCCGAUUCCCAGUUUGGGCACUGCUUCUCCUGGGGAGAGAACCGGGAAGAGGCCAUUUCGAACAUGGUGGUGGCCCUGAAAGAACUGUCCAUCCGUGGGGAUUUCCGCACCACCGUAGAAUAUCUUAUUAACCUACUAGAAACCGAAAGCUUCCAAGGCAACGACAUUGACACUGGAUGGUUGGAUUACCUUAUCGCAGAGAGGGUCCAGGCCGAGAAGCCCGACAUCAUGCUUGGGGUCGUUUGCGGAGCCUUGAAUGUAGCCGACGCCUUGUUCAGAACCUGUAUGACCGACUUCUUGCACUCCCUUGAAAGGGGCCAGGUUCUCCCAGCCGCAUCUCUUUUAAACAUUGUAGAUGUAGAGCUUAUUUAUGAUGGCGUCAAAUAUACUCUCAAGGUGGCCCGUCAGUCUCUCACUAUGUUUGUCCUCAUAAUGAACGACGGUCACAUCGAGAUAGAUGCUCACAGGCUGAAUGACGGGGGAUUGCUUCUGUCAUAUGAUGGGAACAGUUACACCACGUACAUGAAAGAAGAAAUCGAUAGUUAUCGAAUCACGAUUGGCAACAAAACGUGCGUGUUUGAGAAGGAGAAUGACCCGACGGUCCUGAGGUCGCCUUCUGCCGGGAAACUGCUGCAGUAUACGGUGGAGGAUGGAGGCCAUGUGGUGGCUGGAAACAGCUUUGCGGAGAUAGAGGUGAUGAAAAUGAUCAUGACCUUGAACGUCCAAGAAAGCGGCCGGGUCUACUACGUAAAGCGCCCUGGAGCGGUGCUGGAGGCAGGGUGCUCAGUGGCCAGACUGGAAUUGGAUGACCCAUCCAAAGUCCACCCGGCUGAACCAUUCACAGGAAACCUCCCUGCCCAGCAAACCUUGCCUAUUAUGGGGGAGAAAUUGCACCAGGUUUUCCACAAUGUGCUAGAGAAUCUGACCAACGUCAUGAAUGGCUACUGCUUGCCAGAACCUAUUUUCAGUGCAAAGAUCAAAGAAUGGGUGUCCAAGCUGCUAGUGACUCUGCGAGACCCUUCCUUGCCCCUCCUGGAGUUGCAGGAGAUUAUGACCAGCGUGUCCGGCCGGAUCCCGCCCUCCGUGGAGAAGUCGGUCCGCAAAGUGAUGGCCCAGUACGCGAGUAACAUCACCUCUGUACUCUGCCAGUUCCCCAGCCAACAGAUAGCAAACGUGUUGGACUGCCAUGCCGCCACCUUGCAGCGGAAGGCGGAUAGAGAAGUUUUCUUCAUGAACACGCAAAGCAUUGUGCAGCUAGUCCAGAGGUACCGCAGUGGAACACGUGGCUAUAUGACAGCAGUGGUGUUGGAGUUAUUAAGAAAAUACCUACAAGUUGAACAUAAUUUUCAACAAGCACACUAUGACAAAUGUGUCAUCAACCUCAGGGAACAGUUCAAACCGGAUAUGUCUCAAGUGCUGGACUGUAUUUUCUCACAUGCCCAAGUGGCCAAGAAGAACCUGCUGGUGACCAUGUUAAUUGAUGAGCUGUGUGGCCCUGAUCCCACACUGACCGACGAGCUGCUGGCCAUUCUCAACGAGCUCACCCAACUCAGCAAGACCGAACACUCCAAGGUGGCCCUCAGAGCUAGGCAGGUUUUGAUAGCUUCUCACCUUCCUUCCUACGAAUUAAGGCACAACCAAGUAGAGUCUAUCUUCCUUUCCGCCAUCGACUUAUACGGACACCAGUUUUGCCCCGACAACCUGAAGAAACUGAUCCUGUCUGAAACGACCAUCUUUGAUGUUCUGCCCAUGUUUUUCUACCACGUUAACCCUGUGGUCUGCAUGGCUUCCUUGGAGGUGUAUGUCCGGAGAGGAUACAUCGCCUACGAGUUAAACAGCCUGCAACACCGGAAACUCCCGGACGGCACCUGCGUAGUAGAAUUCCAGUUCAUGUUGCCUUCGUCUCAUCCAAACCGGAUGCACAUCCCCAUCAGCGUGACCAACCCCGACCUGGUCCGGCAUAGCACCGAGCUCUUCAUGGACAGCGGUUUCUCCCCGCUGUGUCAGAGGAUGGGAGCCAUGGUCGCCUUCACGAAAUUCGAGGAUUUUACCAGGAAUUUUGACGAUGUCAUUUCCUGCUUCGCCAACCUGCCCAAGGACUGUCCCCUGUUCCAUGAGGCCCGAUCCACCCUGUACUGCGAGGAGGACAGCAAAAACGUGAGGGAAGAACCCAUACAUAUUUUGAACGUGGCCAUCAAGUGCGCGGAUCACCUCGAGGAUGAAGCUCUUGUGCCAGUCUUCCGGACUUUUGUGCAGUCGAAGAAAAACAUCCUGGUGGAAUACGGUCUCCGGAGAAUCACAUUUUUAAUCGCCCAGCAGAGAGAAUUUCCCAAGUUUUUUACUUUCAGAGCGAGAGAUGAGUUUGCCGAAGACAGAAUCUACCGCCAUCUGGAGCCCGCUUUGGCCUUCCAGUUGGAGCUGAAUCGAAUGCGGAACUUUGAUCUGACCGCCGUGCCUUGUGCCAAUCAUAAGAUGCAUCUUUACCUAGGAGCCGCCAGGGUGGAAGAAGGUGCUGAAGUGACCGACUAUAGGUUCUUCAUCCGGGCCAUCAUCAGACACUCUGACUUGAUUACGAAGGAGGCCUCCUUCGAGUAUCUUCAGAAUGAAGGGGAACGGCUGCUCUUGGAAGCGAUGGACGAGCUGGAGGUGGCCUUCAGUAAUACCACCGUCCGCACCGACUGCAACCACAUCUUCCUCAACUUCGUCCCCACGGUCAUCAUGGACCCUUCCAAGAUCGAAGAGUCGGUUCGCUCUAUGGUGAUGCGCUACGGGAGCCGCCUGUGGAAACUUCGUGUCCUGCAAGCCGAAGUCAAGAUCAAUAUCCGCCUGACCACGACUGGCACCGCAAUCCCCAUUCGCCUCUUCCUGACCAAUGAAUCUGGUUACUACCUGGACAUCAGCCUCUAUAAAGAAGUGACGGAUGCCGGGACUGGAAACAUCAUGUUCAACUCCUUCGGAGAUAAAGAAGGUGCUCAGCAUGGGAUGUUAAUCAACACUCCGUACAUGACCAAGGACCUGUUACAAGCGAAGAGAUUCCAGGCCCAAUCCCUGGGAACUACUUAUGUUUACGACUUUCCCGAAAUGUUCCGGCAGGCUCUGUUUAAAUUGUGGGGCUCCUCAGACAAGUACCCCAAAGAUGUCCUGACUUGCACGGAGCUGGUGCUGGAUUCUCAGGGCCAACUGGUCCAGAUGAACAGGCUACCCGGAGGCAAUGAGGUGGGCAUGGUGGCCUUCAAAAUGAAGAUGAAGACCCGAGAGUAUCCCGAGGGCCGCGAAGUGAUCGUCAUCAGCAAUGACAUCACGUUCAAGAUCGGCUCCUUCGGACAGGGGGAAGACCUCCUGUUCCUACGGGCUUCGGAACUGGCCCGCGCCCAGGGCAUCCCCAGGAUCUACCUCUCGGCCAACAGCGGGGCCCGUAUCGGCCUGGCCGAGGAGAUCCGGGACAUGUUCCGGGUGGCCUGGGUGGACCCAGAAGACCCUUACAAAGGGUUCAAGUACCUGUACCUGACUCCCCAAGACUACACCCGAAUCAGCUCCUUGAACUCUGUCCACUGUGAGCAUGUGGAGGAAGGAGGAGAAUCCAGGUACGUGAUCACGGACAUCAUCGGGAAGGACGAUGGGCUCGGAGUGGAGAACCUGAGGGGCUCGGGCACCAUUGCUGGGGAGUCGUCCCUGGCUUAUGAGGAAAUCGUCACCGUGAGCAUGGUUACUUGCCGGGCUCUCGGCAUUGGGGCCUACCUGGUGCGACUGGGCCAGCGGGUGAUACAGGUGGAGAACUCCCAUAUCAUCUUGACUGGGGCCAGUGCUUUGAACAAGGUCCUGGGUCGUGAAGUCUACACAUCCAAUAACCAGUUGGGUGGUGUACAGAUAAUGCAUUUCAAUGGCAUUUCCCACAUCACGGUUCCAGAUGACUUUGAGGGAGUCUAUACCAUCUUGGAGUGGCUCUCUUAUAUGCCCAAGGAUAAUCGGAGCCCGGUGCCUAUCAUUACACCCAUGGACCCCAUUGACCGAGAAAUUGAGUUUGUCCCUUCUAAAGCCCCCUAUGAUCCCCGGUGGAUGUUGGCUGGAAGACCUCAUCCAACUGUGAAGGGGACGUGGCAGAGUGGCUUCUUUGACCAGAGCAGCUUCAAGGAGAUCAUGGAGCCCUGGGCACAGACCGUCGUUACUGGCAGGGCAAGGUUGGGUGGAAUCCCCGUUGGGGUAAUCGCGGUGGAGACGCGGUCCGUUGAGCUGGUCAUCCCAGCUGAUCCCGCUAAUCUGGACUCUGAAGCAAAGAUCAUCCAGCAGGCCGGCCAGGUUUGGUUCCCAGACUCAGCCUUUAAAACUGCCCAGGCCAUUAAAGACUUCGACCGGGAGAGGCUGCCCCUUCUGAUCUUUGCCAACUGGAGAGGAUUCUCUGGAGGCAUGAAAGAUAUGUACGAUCAGGUGAUGAAAUUUGGCGCCUACAUAGUCGACGGCCUAAGGCAGUAUAAACAGCCCGUCCUUAUUUACAUUCCACCGUACGCUGAGCUCAGGGGAGGAUCGUGGGUGGUCAUUGAUCCGACAAUCAACCCAUUCUGCAUGGAGCUGUAUGCCGACAAAGAGAGCAGAGGGGGCGUCUUGGAGCCCGAAGGAACCGUGGAGAUCAAGUUCCGGAAGAAAGAUUUGAUAAAAGCCAUGAGAAGAAUAGAUACUGUGUAUGGGAAGCUCGUCGAACAGCUGGGUUCGCCGGAAUUGUCGGAGAAGGAUCGCAGAGAUCUGGAGAGGAAGGUGAAAGGGCGGGAGGAGCUCCUCUUGCCUAUAUAUCACCAGGUGGCAGUGCAGUUUGCCGACCUGCACGACACCCCGGGAAGAAUGCAAGAAAAGGGAGUCAUUACGGAUAUUUUAGAGUGGAAAAACUCCCGUACGUUCUUAUACUGGCGGCUGCGUCGACUGCUCCUGGAGGGUGUCGUGAAAAACGAGAUCCUGCUCGCCAACAGCGAGCUGAGCCACGUCCACAUCCAGUCUAUGCUGCGUCGCUGGUUCCUGGAGACGGAGGGCACCGUGAAGGGGUACCUCUGGGACAACAACCAAGUGGUGGCAGCGUGGCUGGAGAAACACCUGCAGGAAGAGGACGGCUCCCGCUCCGCCAUCCGGGAGAACAUCAAAUACCUCAAGCGGGACUUCGCCCUCAAGAACAUCCGAGGCCUGGUUCAGGAGCAUCCUGAGGUGGUUAUGGACUGCAUCGUUCACAUGACUCAACACAUCAGCCCCGCAGAAAGGGCCCAGGUAGCCCACCUGCUCGCCACCUUGGAAAACCCCUCCACCUGAGCCGGGGCCGCCGCCGGCAGGGGGAGGGGGCGUUCAGGGGCCGGCAGGACCGACCCGGCAGACCGCCCCUCCCCUGAAGCGUUUCUCCGGCCCCGGGGGGCCAGACGGUCCCUCCUGCCUCUAAAUCCGGAAUUCCAGGGGGGGUCACCAGAUGGGAGAGAUUCCCACCUCCUUUCCGUGGGGACAUUUGAACAAGAGACUACGGUGUGUUUUUUUCCCGCAUCACAGAUUUACAUCACAGCCGAACACCUCUUCCUAUUCUGUGCUUUGGGCACAGGGCAGGGAGGGAUUAUACGUUGUCAUUUUCUAGCAGAACGUGAAAUCUCCGAGUUUGAUUUUUGAGCCGUAGCUCCUCCCUGUCUGAGCCUGGGAAAUGGGCACUCAUCAGGGGCCAGAGUCGGUCAGAAGAAAACCUAUUUUUAUAAGGUCAGUCACCCCUCCAGCGACUUGCUCCCUACACAGAAGCAGUCGGGGGGACGGGGUGUUUUUUAAUAGAGAGAAUUUUUUGUUUUCCCCCACGGCAUCUCACUGAUCACUAGAAAAAUCAUCGAAGAGUUUCACGUUCAACGCAAGUCGUGGUCGUUAUCGUGGUAUUUACUCGAAGAGCCGUAACCCAGAGGACUAGCAGAGGCGUUCUGAACGACCUCCAACCCCCGUUGCCAGGGAUGCCUUGCCCCGCGGCCACCCCUGUGGUGGUGCAGCAUGGCUAAGGAAGGCAAGGAGCCAGGCAGCUGCCGUUCCCAGUGGAGGUGUCCAAGGCCCACCUUCCCGCCGGUCCACCCUCCUCGAGAACCUGCUCUGCUGCUGCUGUUGGGUGUGAUGAAGAGGAGCGGGGGUUGGCAACUGAGCAUAACUACUGUGACUUCAGCUUCUGACCGCUCUCGUCCACGGAAGAAGCCUCCGCGCCAUUCGUAAUCUCUCUUGUGCCUUAUUUUCUGUGGGCGAAGCAUAAAUCACAUUAGGAUCGGACGGUGGGCAAAGACUCAGGGGCGUCAAAGGACUCGAGUGACCACUCCUGCCUUCCAAAGGGCAAAUAAUUGGGGCUGGGUUAGGGCAGCUCGGGCUUCUUGGGUUGCACGACACAGCGUGCUUUGGGGCCCGCGGGCCUCUCCGCGAGAUCCGCUCGGUCCUCUCUCUCAGUGUGAUUUUGGGGCUGGGCCUGGUGUGCAGAGAGAAGAUCGACACUCCCCAUUUAAUGGACAGAAUCGUUCAGGUGAUUAAUUGAUAUUGUCCCAGUGUCACGGAAACCAUGGUUUCAAGGUAGUUGAUGACAUGAGGCCACGGUCUAAAGGCCUUUGGACGAGGGACCCCAGAGAACUCAGUCCCAAGCCUACAAAGUCUGAGUUUUAGCGAAUCAGGGUCCGGCACUCGGGAAUAGGAGGGGGUGAGGCUCUCAGGAGAUUUGCACUAUGGAUUUAUCACUCGGAGUUGGGAGGGUGGGGACGGGCGGGGAAGGAAUUGAUGCUGCUUGGGAGAAUUGAAGGGGGUUAGCGUGCACAUGGUCAGUGUCAAGGAGCAGGAUGAAUCAAGGAGAGCUAUUGUGUGGGAGGGGUGGUCCGGAGGGCCACAGGGGCGGUUCCAAAUAAACUGACCAUUUUCAGCGGUGGGUCUCGGA